UUGGAGAAAAUGCUCCGUGUGUGGAUCAAAGCGGUUCAAAAACAGAAUGUUGAUAAUUCUGAAAGGGAACGACAUUUGGAAAUGUUAUUCGACGUUUAUUUCGAUAUCCAAGAUGCUUAUAAGAUUAUAGAGAAAACUUUUCAUUUACAGAUCGCCUUCUAUGCGAUUAACGUCACUUUUCAAAGCAUCAAAAACGUAAUGACAAUAUUAGUCAUCAAAAAUUACGAGUCCAUCAAAAAUAUAAAAUAUUUUGUGCUGGUAUUUAUAUCACAAACAUGGCUUUUGAAGAGUAUAGUGGUGUUUAUCCACCUGAGCGUGGAGUGUGAGAGAUUCUAUGCGGCCAUGAGGGAUGUCCACGAUGCCUGUAUCAUACUCAUGAAUUCGGAACAAUUUGCUGAACUCGAUAUGCGAGUGUACAAGAACAUCCAUCGAGCACGAAGAUCUCUGUUCAGUAAGCUGGACGGGUGUCGCCUCUUCCAAGUGGACGCUGAACUGCCGCUGCAGCUGUCCAGGCUCAUCUCCUCUUACAUCAUAGUCUGCUUGCAGUUCGCCUUCUUGUAAAACAAACUUGUCGUUAAUAUAAGUUUUAGUAUUAAUUGUUUCUUUAUUAA